AUGACCCGUGAAACCGAUCAGUAUCUUCCCAUAAUAAGAUCGGCGUUCAAGAAUGAUCGGAUAGAAUUAUUAAGAAAGUCAAAACAAUCACCUCCAAAUUCGUAUCCCAUCAAAAAUUCAACACUAUCAGCUAAUCUAUCAUCUUUAAAUGUUAGUUAUUUGUCUCAAUUAAUGAAUUCAUCUAUUGAACAAAAUAAGAACAUGAAUAAUCAUAAAGAUUUUGAUUAUAAAUAUGAAUAUGAGUUACUACAAAAUCCAGUACAAUCCAAUGAAUUCAAUAGUUUAGCAUUUAAUACUCCUACAUCAAAUAUUUCUGAAUUAAAUAUUUGGGAAAAUAAAAAUGAAAAGAAUCAAUUUGUUGAAGUUCAAACAUCUUUCCCUAUUAUUAAUACAUCAAAUUACAUCAUAGAUUGUAAUUGUUCAUUUACUAAAGUGAAUUUCUUCCAGUACUUUUUAUCUAUAUUGAAUCAAUUUCAAUAUUUCAAUAUGAGAUAUAAUUUAUCAAAUUUAUAUAAAUGGUAUCAAUUCUAUUAUGAACAAUAUAUUCAAAAUAUAAUGUUGACAAUGAUUGAAACAAAUGAAGAACCAUUAGAUUUAUCAUUGAAAACAGAUUUAAUUGUCAACAAAUCAAUAUGUCAGCAACAACAACAACAACAACAACAACCACAUCAGCAACAACAAGAACAACAACAGGAGUUACCAAGUGAACAAUUAACUCAAUCCAAUAAAACAUUCAAUGAAUCAUUAAAAAUUCAUUGUAAUUAUUCUACAUAUUUAUUAUAUGAUAAACAUUUAAAAAAAGAUGAUCAUUUAAUUCAAGCAAAUCUAUUAAACAUGCCAAUGAUAUAUCCAUAUGAAACUUCUACUAAAAUAUCAUCAAAUGACUAUUCUAUUCAUUCAACUAAUUUUAUAUCAAAAAAAUCUUUAUCUAAAAUAAAAAAUUAUUCAUUAAAUAUAAAAAAUAAAUUAUUAUCACCAUGCAAAAUUAAAAAAAUCAAUAAUAAUAAUAAUCAUACCUUAUCAACUAAUCAAUUAUAUUUUAAUAAAUCAAUAAAACAUUCAUAUACACAAAAUGAAUUAUCUGAAGCUGUAAAAGCUAUUUGUUUUGGUCAAUUAGGUACACGUAAAGCAGCUAAUUUAUAUGGGAUACCAAGAUCAACAUUAAGAAAUAAAAUAUGUAAAUUAAAUGAAUUAAAAAAAUUAGAAGAAAAACGUUUAGGUGGUAAAUCAAUUGUAUUAUCACAAUUUUUAUUAAAUUUAAUUGAAUUCAAUAAAUUAUAUCAAUAUUCAAUAAUCAAUAAUAAUAAUAAUAAUAAUAAUAAUAGUAAUGGUAAUAGUAAUAAUAAUGAUUAUUAUGAUUAUGAUUAUUAUAAUAAUUCACCAUUAUUAACUAAUAAUAAAGGACAAAUUACAAAAUUAUGUUUAUCAAAAAAUUAUAUUAAUUAUUUAAUGAAUACAGCUAAUAGAGUUGCAUCAAUAUUUCAGGUGAAUUGUCGAAGAAGUUACAUGUAUAAAAAGACUUUAGAUCAUAAAUCAAAAAAUGGAGUAGAAAAAUCAGUUCAUACAAAGAAAAAAUUGGCAUCCAUUCAUAAACUACGAUGUUCCCAUCAACAACCAAUUAAUCAAUAA